AUGGCGGCGAACGGCGACACUUAUGACCUCAUGCACCUAAACCUGGAAGCAGAUUAUGGAUUAAUACGAACAAGUACCGACCAAGCAAUAGGCGUACUGAAUGAUAAGUUAUUCCAGGCACUACUCUCCUGUAUGGCAGGUGAACAUUUUCAAAUUGAUGUCUGGGUUCCUUCGGAGGAAUGGUUUGCAAAGGAGUCUCAUGCGCAGGGCUUAAGCACCAACAAUCGAAAAAUCGUAAUAUUGAAGGUCGACUUGAUUCUUUUUGGACCAGACCAAGCUCGAAACAAGGUCGCGACCAGUCUCGGGGGAAGCAAGAUAUAUCUCCAAGACCCUCACAUGGGUCUGUUUCAACAUCCUUACGAUAAUCCUCAGUCAUUGGACAUACCAGAAUUGCCCGUUGAAUUCCAGACGACGACAGAAACAACCUCUACAGGAUUUAUGACAGAAGAUGCUAGUGAAGCAGAAGAUGAGGUUGGGAGAAGUCGGGAGGGUAAUUCAAGCGAACUACACAAUCUCAUUGCCGACAUUGACUCGCUCCUCGAGGCAUCUCCUGUCCAUAAGCCUAUUAUUGCGUCAACGAAAAACGCUCGGAUGAUCUCUACUCUGUUCAGUUACCAACACACCAUCACGGGCGCCAAGAGUGAAUCACCCGAAGGGUUUAUGGGAGGCAUUCUCGCUGAUGAUAUGGGUCUUGGCAAGACUCUGACCACGCUCACGCUGAUUGUCACAUCGAUUGAUCGCGAUGGGGGAUUUAUUUCUCAAAGCUCCCGCCAAGUCAGGCGAGUUGCAUCAUCAAAAGCAAGUGUCAUCAUUGUACCAUCCGAGUGUAAGCCGGUGUUUUAUUUCCUUCUGCGAGAAUCUAGUCCCUGA